GGGGGUUUCAUUUGGAUGGGAGACAGAACAAUAAAUAUGGGCCAGAAGCUGGAAAAGCUUUCUGAAAAGGAUGAAGAAUCUCUUGAAAAUUCAGAUCGGUCGGAGCAAACUGGGGAGACAGAAAUGUUGGAGACAGCAGAACAAAUUGAGAUCCGACAUCAGGACGAUGGCAGUUUUGUGACCCCUGGGAGUAUUGGUGAGAUUAGUGGGAUCAGUAUCAGCGGCAUGGCCUCAGGGCACGCAGGGGGGCUUACAGUCACUACUGCACGUACAGACCCCCAAACUGGGCAGCCAAUCAGCCCUCUAGGUCAGCAGGAGCACCCUCCAAACACCAGGAGAGAGAGGGUGGGUGGAGACAGGGAGAGCAAGAGUGUCAAUCCAAGUUCAGAGAAGUCAAGAACUGUCCUGAGCUCAAAGAAGGCGAGGCAAGCUUCAAACCAAAGGCAAGGCUUUGAGAGCAAGGCCGUAGUCUCUACUAGGACUGCAGCAAUGGAGGAGCAAGAAAGUGAGAGAAAACCCAAACUUGGUCGCAUCAAGUUGAGUCCUGAUUCUCAAACAAGGAGUCCAACUGCCUCAUGUGAUCCCACUCUUGAGGACUUUGUGGUGCUGGAGAGUGAUGAAACAUGGACGUCUUCUGAUGGGGAAAAUAACAUCAUUUUUGGGGACCGGAUAAAAACAAAGGAUUCUCAAUCAGCUACCAAAAGAAUCGUCAAGGAAGACACUUCUGUUAGCUACAGUGAAGAUAAUCUUCCACUUCCAUCUAGGCAUGCCCCCCAAGAAAAAGACACUGAGAAGAGAAGUAGGAGAAAAUCCAACACACGUUCAGCCACGACUGACAGUGCAGAAGCACAUGCUAAGGGCUCAGCCACAGACAGUUUUCAGAGGGAAAGGGGUCACCAUUUGGCUGAAGUGACAGGCAGCAGGUGUCGGCUAAAAGGAGUCAGUCAUGUUGGAGCUACCCACGCUGAGGCAACUGGUGGAGAAAAAGCAGAGAGGGAACUUGACAGGAAAGACCGAAGUAAGCAAGCCACUACUAAUACUAAAAAGGAGCACAUAUUGGUAAGGAAGAGCAAUGGGGGUUUGGAACCAUGCUUGGAAAAGGUGGAUCCUUCUUUAAGGGAAUCAGGAAAACAAGUGGAAGCUGAUCUGUCCCAUCAGAGCAGGUUUGCUGGAGCAGUCUCUAGAAGGGCUAAAGAAGGUAUUCCUAGUUCCUGUACCAAGAAAGAGGAUAACCAAGUGUUUAGAAAGUCAGCUAACUCUCACCUCUCAAAGGUCCCUAGCUUUGAUUUACCACUUCUGCAAGACAAUGUCUCAUUUUCACUGGAACAAAGCCAUGUGAUCCCUUCUCUUCCUCCGCAAGGGAAUGAGGGUAACGGUGAAAGGAAGCAGGUCGCCAGCCUAAAGAGGGAGAGUGAGCUUGUUUGUUUCUCUGCUGUCAUCACUCCCCCACCUGCAACUCGUCUGUUGCCCAAGAGAGACACUUCAAUGGAAGAGCAAUCCAAUACAGGAACUGCGAAUUACCAGGUGGAGCCUGAAGCCACCCCAGUCUCAUGUGAGUCUAUAGAUGAGUCCAUGCCAAAAGAAAAGCCCAAAGCUAAAGGUCCACCUCCACCUGUUCCUAAGAAGCCCAAAAACCCAUUUAUAAAGCUCAAAACUGCACAGUUAAUGUCAACUGAUGUCCAACGACGAGGCAAAGAUCAUCUGCGUUCUGAGGAGCGGGUCAGGAGGAGACACACUAUUGAUUUCAACAAAAUCCUUCCAAGCAAUGCUCCAACUAAUCAGGAUAUGUGCUUACUGUGGGACGAAAGGGGCACCUAUACAAUGCCAACCAACGUACGACGGCUGUCAGCUGACCUCAGCCAAUGGAAACCCUCGCUUGGGCAUAUUGAUGAUCAGUAUGGAGAUAUGAUCGACUAUGACUACUGUUCGCGUAUGGCAAAUCUGUCUCCAGAGGAAGACCUGCCAAACCUCGACAUGUCGCAGAGAAGGGUGUUCCUAGAGAGACGAUCCAGGUUCAAAAGCUCACCACCUACUGUUGCAACAAAGCCCCGAAAUCAUCAUGCACCUGCAGAGACUUUAUAUGUACCAGAGGUCACAGCAGACAAUGAAGUCCAAAGACCAAAAUCUUUUUGUUUAGGGUCAGCAGAAUACUAUCAUGAGCCCAUAUUUGACAGAGUCAGCACACAGGUAGGAAAUGACAUCUACUCUACCAAUGGUGACUCUCAAGACAUAACUGAUUACAGAAGCAAUCAGGAUGCAGAAAGUGAGUUAGGGUCAUACAAACCUGUGUCUGAAAUUAUCAAAGAAACAAAUCAAAUGCAGAGACGUCGGGGCCAAGCCAAACCUGAAGGAAACAAAGAUCAGGUUCGGGUGGCUGAGCAGAGCGCAAGUGUGAAAGUAUCCCAGAUGAAGAACGCCUUCGAUGUCCCAAAGAAAUCCAGAGAGAAACCACCAGAAGUUCAGGCAUCUCCAAAGAAAGAUAUGUUGCGGCGAGUUGUGCGACAGAGCAAGUUCCGUCAUGUGUUCGGUCAGGCCGUGAGGAACGACGCGUGCUAUGAUGACAUCCGCGUGUCCAGGGUCACCUGGGACAGCUCCUUCUGUGCCGUCAACCCCAAGUAUGUUGCCAUCAUCAUAGACGCCAGCGGGGGAGGAGCCUUCCUCGUCCUUCCUCUUCAAAAAACUGGCCGUAUAGACAAGGUCUACCCUACAGUUUGUGGCCACACAGGCCCUGUGUUGGACAUUGACUGGUGUCCUCAUAAUGACCAAGUCAUUGCUAGCGGCUCAGAAGACUGCACAGUCAUGGUUUGGCAAAUCCCUGAGAACGGUCUUGAGACGGCCCUGUCAGAGCCUGUGGUCGUGUUAGAGGGUCACUCUAAGAGAGUCGGCAUCGUGUCAUGGCACCCCACCGCUCGCAAUGUUCUCCUCAGUGCAGGGUGUGACAACCAGGUCGUCAUCUGGAACGUGGGCACAGGACAGGCCAUGAUCAACCUAGAGGACAUGCACCCUGAUGUUAUCUUUAGUGUCAGCUGGAGCCGCAACGGCAGCCUGCUGUGCACCGCCUGCAAGGACAAGAAGGUCCGCGUCAUCGACCCGCGUAAAAAGAAGGUCAUUGCGGAGAAGGACAAAGCCCACGAGGGAGCUCGGCCAAUGAGAGCGAUCUUUCUAGCGGAUGGAAACAUUUUCACCACUGGAUUUAGCCGUAUGAGCGAGCGCCAGCUAGCCCUGUGGAAAACUGACAACUUGGAUGAGCCAAUUUGUGUACAGGAGAUGGACUCCAGCAACGGCAUCCUGCUGCCUUUCUAUGACCCUGACACCAGCGUGGUCUACCUGUGUGGAAAGGGCGACAGCAGCAUCCGGUACUUUGAGAUCACCGAUGAGGCCCCGUUUGUCCACUACCUCAGCACCUUCUCCACCAAGGAGCCACAGAGAGGGAUGGGAUACAUGCCCAAAAGAGGCCUGGACGUCAACAAAUGUGAAAUCGCAAGGUUUUACAAGUUACACGAGAGGAAAUGUGAACCAAUCAUCAUGACAGUCCCUCGUAAGUCCGAUCUGUUCCAGGACGAUCUGUAUCCCGACACAGCCGGCCCCGAUCCCGCCCUGGAGGCAGAGGAGUGGUUCGCCGGAAAGAACGGAGGUCCCAUCCUGAUCUCACUCAAAGAUGGCUACGUCUCCACAAAGAACCGGGACCUUAAAGUGGUCAAGACAAACGUCCUGGAGACCAAACCAGCCACCAAACCAGAACCCAUCUCUACUGUUCAGAAGCACGCUUCUCCACAGCCCUCAGUAAAAAUGGAAGAUAAACUGGAAGAGGUACUCCGAGAGUUCAAGUCGCUCAGGGACCGCGUCAUCCUCCAAGACCGCCGCAUUGCCAGACUGGAGGAGCAGGUCGCCAAAGUCGCCAUGUGAGAGUUUUUUGGGGUUUUUUUGUCCCUUUUGGAGAACCAAAUGGACGGGGUCAGCCACGGCCAAAUUCUCAAGAUUCGGCUACAUCGAGCUUGGCGUCGUCCCUGCGAUGAGACCAAGCCUACAUUCCAAGAUGAACUUUUGAUUUAUUUUUUUCCUUGCCAACUUUCACACCUCCCUCUACACACACAUAUACCAACACACACACACACACACACACACACACACACACACACACACACACACACACUCAUAAAGAAAGGAAACUCUUGCAGCUCAUGUUCACAUCUGAAAGAAAGACAUUUUUGUUGAAGGAAAAGUCUUAACUUUUUUGUGGUAAAACAUCCUCAUGUGAAGUUUGUACUUACUACUCAGAAACUGUAUGUAGCAUCAGUAUUUCCAUUGUUACUUUUUGUGUUGCCAAAUAUGAAUGGUGUGUGGUUUCAUGCACUGCCUUUACGUUUCUUUUCCCUCUUGUCGUACAUUCCAGUCACAACCUGGUAGAAUAAGUUAGUUGAGCUGGAUUCCUUUUUCUUUUUUUUUCAAACAUUAGCUGUUGAACUUUUCUCCUGCCACCAGUUUGCUCAUUGAUUACCAUCAGAUUUAUGAAUGUGGAAGAAUUCCUGAAUUCUUCUUUUUGUUCCUGUUCUUCUGGGCUUGAAAUUUCAACAUUGAGUUUUAUUUGGGGAGGGGUAGGGGAGGGUGGGAGGGGGGGUGUUGCAUCUCUCUGGUGUAAAUGUUGUGCAAAUGUAGUGGUGCCUCUUGUCACAGUUAAGGGUCAACUGCAGUCGCCCUCUCCAGUGCAGACUCAGUGUUGGGAAGGGACCACUCACCCAGCUUGUGUUUCACUGAACCCCUGACAAACAGUUCUGUGCACAUAAUAAAGAUUUUACACAGGA